AUGGGAAAGAGAAAACCCGAGGCAGCAGCCCAACAAUAUGCUGAACCCGAGGCAUGGUCCGGGGUAGCUGCACCCGAGACAGCUGCACCCAGGACAACUGCACCGGAGGCAGCUGCACCCAGGACACCUGCCCAGGCAGCUGCAGUAGCCAAGGCAGGGCUGCCCAUGGAAGCUACAGCAACAGCCCAGGCAGGUGCCCAGGCAGCUGCAGCAGGAGCCAAGGCAGGGCUUCCCAUGGCAGCUACAGCCACAGCCCAGGCACCUGCAGCAGCAGCCAAGGCAACGCUGCCCAUGGCAGCUACAGCAGCAGCCUAG